AUGUCUUCAAGAGCAUUAAGAAGACUGCAGAAAGAACAAAUACCAGAUAUUGUUUCACUUGAAAAUAGUGAUAACGAAUCUGAGGAAGAAGAAGAAGUUCCAAUCAAGCAAAUAAAUCCUUUUGAUCUCUUAAAUGAGGAUGAUGAUAACAUAGACGAUGAGGAAGAAGAAGAGCAAGAAAAUGUAGUUGAGAAAGAAGAAUAUGUUCCAAUUAUAAAGCCUACUGUUGAAACAAAGUCUUCUAAUAAAAAAAGCAAACAAAAGAAAAAGAAAAAGAACUCAAAAAAGAAUGAUGAUGCAACUUCUAAAAAGAAAAAUACUGACGAUAUAAGUAUGAAAGAAUUAGAUAAAGUGCUUGAAGAACUAGGACAAACGCCUUCAGAAAAUGCAAUGGAUGAAAAUGAGAAUCUAAAUAGUAAUGAGCGUCGACAAUUAUUGUCUAUCAAUUAUCGUUAUUUAGAUGCAGAAGCAGAAAUGAAACGCUUGUUUGGUUCUCAUAUAGUCAAUAGUGAAAAUAGAGCUAGUCAAGGCAGAGUAUUAAAGAAAUCAAAAUUCACUACACCAAAGAAUGAUUGGGCACCUUAUAAGCGAAAUGGUUUAUCAAUGGAAGUAGUUGAAACUGUGAAUGGUGUUAGUUAUUAUGCGUUUAGACAUUCUGAGCAAUAUCAGGAUAUUCAAUUAGAAUUUUUAAACGCUGUUGCAACCUAUAAUCCAGAAGCUUUAUUAUUUUUAGUUAGAAGACAUCCAUAUCAUGUAGACAGUUUAUUACAACUUUCUGAAGUUGCAAAACAUAGUGGAGAUUGGACAACGGCUGGUGACUUUAUUGAAAGAGCUUUAUAUGCCUGUGAGAGAGCACUUCAUCCCCAAUUCUCUUUGAGUACAGGUACUGUAAGAUUAUCCUAUAAGCGUUCAGAAAAUCGAUCCUUCUUUUUAGCUAUAUUUCGACAUAUUCAGUUCUUGACGCGUCGUGGAUGCUGGAGAACAGCAUUUGAAUUCAGCAAAUUACUCUUCAGUCUUGAUCCAGAAUCAGACCCAUUAGCGACCAUGUUAACCUUGGAUUAUCAUGCGCUUUCCUGCCGUGAAUAUGAAUAUAUUCUCAAAAUGCAAUCUGAAUGGAAGACAAAGGGCGAUAUCUAUCCUAUUCAUCUUACCGACAUGCCUAACUUUGCUUAUUCAGCUGCUCUUGCAAAAUUUAAGAUGAGCAAAAAUGAUUUUUCAGAAAGUAAAGAAAUGUUAAAAGAAGCCAUUAAAAAAUAUCCUUUACUUUAUUGCCGUUUACUUGAAAAGCUGGGUGAAGAAGUUAAAGAAAUGAAUGUGUUGAUUCAAAAGCACAUGCCAAACAAAUACAUGGAUAUUGUGCAAUUAUCAUAUGUCGAACGAGUUUUUGAAAUUUGGAAGGAACCUUCUGUUAUUGAUUGGUUAAAGGAAACAGGAUCUACUGUUAUUGAUUAUCCUCUUGAACAGCCUAAUGUAAUUCAAAAAGAACUUGUAUGUCAAGUGAAGGAUAUACCAUUGAAUGUCUGUCGAUAUAUUGUCAUGAUUGACAUACAAUCUUUAAUGUCCUAUUUACCUACAACAGUGACUGAACAAAGUUACGAAAUGUAUGAUCCUCUUCCACCUGAGGAUUCAAUAACAAUGUAUGAUUUAGAUGAACGCAUGCGUCAUAGUAAUCGAUUAAGAGGAUUCCCUAGAGAUGCGGGUGGAUUAAUAGAUAUGUUAAGAAAUUUCUUGGGUCCUGGUGGUCGACAAGUGCCUGGAGUAGAUCAACAACAGAUUAGACAACUCAUGACAGAAUUAGAGCGACUACGCCAACAAAAUGCUGAUCAGGCACCAGGUGCAUUUCCCGGUGCUAAUGAAGAGGAAGAAGACUAUCCUGAACUUGCUGAUGAAGAACAAGAGAAUAAUACAGAAAAUCAAACGUCGAAUGAUCAAGGGAUUUCAGCAGAAGAAAUGAUGGAAAUCAUGAAUGCUAUUGAUGAAGAAGACUUAGAAGUACAAAGAGCAUUAGAAGACACUUUUGGAAGAAAUACUGGUCAAUAA